GAACAACGAGAGCUGGACAAAGGUGUUAAAGUGUUUUCGUGGGUACGUUUGAUAUCCAAAUUAAUCGGUAUCUGGCCUUUGGACCCAAAUUAUUAUCUUUACAACAUUUGUAUUACUUACUUCACUUACAUUAUGAUCACCGAGUACAUUGAUCUGUACUUUUGCCUUCCGAAUUUUAAAAAAGUAAUCAAUAAUCUUACUGAGAGUCUAGCAUUUACCCAAAUGUAUGUUCGUGGGAUAAUGUUGAGGGUUCAUAUUAAAAAACUACAACGAAUUACAGCAGAAUCGGUCAAAGAUUACCAAGUUAGCGCGUUCAAAAAUCCUGAUGAAGUUUAUGAGUUUCUUUCUUACGUCAAAAGAGGUAAAUUUUUUGUUAGAGCAGUAACUAUUUUCAUUCUUUCAACAACAACUUCGUGGUUUCUACGUCCAAUAACUUCUUCAACACCUUCAACAUCUAUCAUACCAGGUGACAAUGAAACAGCACCGAAGUUUACCUACAUUCUGCCCUAUAAAUUCCAUGUUUUUUAUAAAAUAAAUGACCAGCGUACCUAUGCGUUAACUUACAUGUCUCACGCUCCAUUCGCAUACGUCAGUGUGAUAAGUGCUAUAACAUCUGCGACCUUGUUGAUUGCACUUUCGUUUCACGUCAGCGGAAGACUUGCGAUUCUCGCACGAAGAAUCAGUGCUUUAAAAAAUUCAAACGAAAAACUUAGAACUGAAAUCAAUGAAAUUAUUUUUGAACAUACGAGACUUUUAGAUAUGGGAGAAGAAAUAAAAGUCUCUUAUGCUGCUGCUUUGUUGGUCUAUCUUGUAGUUGGUACCAUUCAAUUGUGCAUUAUUGGAUAUCAUAUCCUUGUGGUAAUUUCUAUGGGAAAACAGCAUAGUUUGAUGCCAUUCUUUGUUUUUAUAAUUACUACUUAUGGUCUGAUCAGUAUAUAUUGCAUUCUUAGUGAAAAUCUUCUUGCAGAGAGCAAAAAAUGCAGUGAGGCUUUUUGGUGCUGCGAGUGGUACGAGAUGCCUCAAGAUUGUGUCAAAGAUAUAGCCUACUGCAUUAUGCGAGCCCAAAAGCCACUUGGAUUGACAGCUGGAGCUUUUGUUGUUUUUAGCAACAGUACUUUGACCGAUGUUACCAAAACUUCAAUGGGUUAUCUUAGUAUUUUAAGAAAUUUUCUCGUUGAUUGA